UGUGUGUGUGGAAGAAAAGAGAGAAAGUGAUAAAAGAGAGAAACUCUGUCGUAGUAGAUAGAGGGAGUGGCUUCAAGUUGCUGCUUGCCUAGAGAUUUAGCAACUACACCCAGCAAUUUUCAGAGCUAACUUACACAAAUAGAGGUGUGCAGGCAUUUUGUCCUUCAAGGAACUAGAAAAUCAUGGAUUACACACAUUUUUUUAUCUUUCUUGGUUCCUUAGUGGUACUUCACUAUGCGGUAAAACUGCUGGGUUUUAUAAGGAUGCUUUGUCCCAAAUUCUUCUUUCCAUUGCCCAAGUCAUUCCUCAGAUCCAUGGGAGAGUGGGCAGUUGUGACCGGUGGAUCAGAGGGGAUAGGAAGAGCAUAUGCCUUUGAGCUGGCCAGCCACGGGAUGAACGUCAUAAUUCUCAGCAGAAGCAAAGACAAACUGGAGCGUACAGCCAAAGAGAUCGAAGAAGAAACAGGCAAGAGGGUGAAAGUGUUGGUGGCCGACUUCUCACGUGAUGAUGUAUAUAGGGAGAUUGAAGACAACCUUAAAGACCUAGAGAUUGGUGUUCUUGUCAAUAACGUUGGCAUUCUCCCCUCCAUGAUCCCUUCAAAAUUCCUGGAGACCAAAAACUUAAAUCAGACAAUGACUGAUGUCAUAAAUUGCAAUAUGAGAGCUAUGGCAGAGAUGUGCAGAAUAUGUCUUCCUGGCAUGGAGAAAAGAGGAAAGGGAGUGAUUGUGAAUCUUUCCUCAGGAGUGGCCACUAUUCCUUGUCCUCUAUAUAGCCUCUACAGCGCAUCUAAGGUGUUUGUCGAAAGAUUUUCUCUUUGCCUUCAGGCUGAAUACAGUGCCAAAGGAAUUAUUAUACAGACAAUAGCUCCAUUCUCAGUGUCCACUGCCAUGAUAGGCUUCCAGAAAGGCGGGCUGUCGAUUCUUCCGGAAGACUUUGUGAGAACCUCUCUGCAGUAUCUAAAGGCUGGAGGCAAAAUCAACGGCAGCGUUGGCCACACCUUUAUGGGUUGGCUCCUACAGUCUCUUCCCUCUGGGAUUCUCCACUCUGAAGCUCUGCAGGAAGGUUUUUUGUGAAUGAAUGUGAGGGGAAGUGAGAAAAACAAUUGUUUGUGUAUGAUGGACAAAUAUAAUGUGUGCGCGGUUGUGCAUGCCUCAAUGUUUAGAGGUCAUAAAUCUCUUAGGUUAAUCGCCACUUUAUCUGCUCAAAGAGUGGCCAGGUUGUUCUCUUUCGCUCCCCGCCACACGCCACGCACGCUGUGAAGGAAACACACAAUCACACACACAAAGACGCUGUGUGCGUCCACACAGCACACCUGCAGUGGCCAUUAGCAGCAACCUCCUUCCUCCAGCAUUAAGGGACUGUUUAAACAGAUGGCUAGAUGUCCAGCAGCAGAAGUCUGCUGUGUCAGUCCCCAACAAUCACCCUUGAGCAGAUGAUGAGGACAGAGCCUUGGGCCAGAGUUGUUUCACGUUUUGUUUUGUUUUUGUUUUUUUGGAAAAAUGUAGAGAGAAAAGAAUGGAUCCAUCUUUUAUGUUGGUGCAUCCGGAACAUGAAAAUAUACAAUCCUCCUUUGUUUCUGACAAUAAAAAAGAUGCACGAUAUAGGUGGGCUUAUAGAUAAUUGGUGCAUGUUUAUGCACCAAUUGUGCACAAUUCGUUUCAGAGAUCCUGGUUUGGCAGAUAUCAUACAAAAAAACUGAACAUACCUGUUAUGACUGUACAGCGUCACUUAGUGUUCAUCUGUGGAACUUGCUUGAUUGUGUAGCAUUACUGAAUGAAACCAACUAAGUUCAUACAUAUUUGAUUAUAUAUAUUUGACUGAAAUAUUUAUGAUUUGUAUUGUAUGCUACUGUUAAGCAAUAAAUUAUUUCACCAUGA